GAUCCCUGGCACUAGGAGGCGGUCGUUACCUCGGCUCAUGAUUAACUACUGCAGAAGAAGAGCGUCACAGCUCCUGCUGGCUGACCACAUCAUAUCCGCCGCACAUCACACGGAAUACAUCAACAGAAAGUACAAAAAAGAGAAACGUGUCAGCAGUUGUGUGGAAGUAGUGACCCGUUGAGAUGGAUGGAAAAGCAAAGGACCCCUUCAGCAGUGAGGCAGAACAGCUUCCUGGGGCAGGAGCAUUGGGGAGGCUGUGGCUGCCCAAAGGUCUGUCUGGGAAUGUGAUUAAGGAUUGGGUGGACCGCAGGCGGAAGUCCAUCCGUCCGUGGGCCACCUUUGUGGAUCAGCGCAAGUUCUCCAAACCUCGGAAUUUUGGAGAGCUGUGUCAGCGUGUGGUGAGGAACAUGGACACCUUUCACAGCAACUACACCUUCAUCUUCCUGGGACUCAUUCUCUACUGCAUCAUCAGUUCGCCGAUGCUCUUGAUUGCUUUGGGAGUGUUUGCUGGUGCCUUCUAUAUAAUUCACUUGAAAACACUGGAAAAGAAGCUGGUUGUUUUCGGUCGUGAGUUGACUCAGGGACACCAGUUAGGUUUAGCAGGAGGGGUUUCCUUCCCUGUGUUCUGGCUCGCAGGUGCAGGAGCUGCUGUGUUUUGGGUACUAGGUGCUACACUAGCUGUUAUAGGGUCCCAUGCAGCAUUUCAUGAGCUGGAGUCGUCUGACAUAGAUGAGCUGCUCAUGGAAACUGUUUAAACCUUUCACCUUUUUCCUUUUGGCUCAUGUUAACCUAAGUUGUCUUGCCUAAUCAUAUAUAUUGCCACAUAUUGUUUGCACUAAUUUGACAAUAUCAGUUUACUCACAGAUUGGUCAGCAAAGAAAUACAAACUGUUAAACUGACAUUGCCCUAAAAAGAUCAAGCACACUGAAAGGCCUCAGAUGCCUUUUAUGGUACCUACUGGAUAUUAUGUUUAUUUGUUACAUUAUUUAUUUCUACAGCAUCCUCAAAGCACAAACUAAAUUGACUGUGACCCAAAGCUAGAAAUCCAGUUUAGUCGAAAAACUAUUUCUAUUGAUAUUAUCCUGAAAGGUUUAAGUCAACCAAAACUGAAAAGUUUCAACUUGUUUGACGACUUUGUUGCUCUGUGAAACUCAAAUGAAUUGAUUUUGAAGAAUGCUUCGACUUUUUUUGUCCACAAUGAAUGGAAAAAGGGGUUGAAAACAACAUUGGAACCCAUUGACUUUGAAUGUAUGGACAAAAAAAAACACUUGAGUUAUUUUUCAAAAUGUCUUCUUUUUUGGACCACAGAAGAAAAGAGAAUGUGAUACAAGCUUGGAAUUAUGUGACGGCAAGGAAAUCACAGGAUUUUGGGGUUAACUGUGCUUUUAAAGGCUCCUCUCACACUAAAAGACAAAUAUGAGUACUGGUAAAAGCUUUUGAUCAAAAUGUUAUACUGGAUCAUCCAAAAUAGUGAUUUAAAAAAAAAAUGGUACCAGUCAUUACAGAAUCAUUUGUCUUAAGCCAUAUUUAGCUCAUAUGUUGUAAUAUCAGUCUUGUCAGGACCGCUAACGCAUGCAUGAUUUAAUAACAGUAUGUGUCAGCAAAGAAAAAAAUGUAUUCUUGCUAUUCAGCGUAACCAGUUUCUGAUGCCAAUAUUCCCAGUGGAAGUUUUUUUAUAUACUACUGUGCAAAAGUCCAUUAGUAUUUUCAUCAACAACAACAACAAUAAAAUUUAAGCCAGUUAUUUCUGUCAUUUGCUGAAAUGUGUUGGUAGGAAAUAUCAGUUCACUUUUCCAAGCAUUCCUUUUGCCAUUAAUUGUAAUAAUCCAGUGAGAUUUUUGUUUGCACAAGUCUUACAGUCUUGUGUCUUACGACAGCCAGUGCUCCACACAGAUCUGAUCUCAUCAACUUUUACACAGUACUGUAUAUAUAUAUAUAUAUAUAUAUAUGUAUGUUCUCUCAUUUAAUGAAAAUAUUUGUUUAUUUUCUUUUAUUUACUUCUUGCUUCUGUUGUAUCAUUGAAUGGGAAGUGCAAUAAAAUGCUCAGUCUGUACAAUACCCUUAAA